CUGAGAGCUAUGACAACCUUGUCUAUGUCCCGAUCCUUUGCCAGGUCAGGAAUGUGAAGUCUGUGUAUUCUGUAUAUUCCGUGGAGCAAAUAUAUGUGAAGAUGAUAGAAUGUCAGAAUAUAUAAUCUUGAAUAUGGAGUAGACUUAUUUCCAGGCAGGGAGAUUUGUGUUUUCUUGUCGUUGCUGACACAACUGAUUAUAAGAAGACUUAAUUCACCAUGGCGGAACCCCUGUGUCAAAGCAUCAGCUCGACGACCUCGUUACACUGGGGAGACAUCCUCACUAUAGCGCUGUACUUUGCAGUGGUUCUUGCCGUUGGAAUAUGGGCAACAGUGAGAGCCAGCAAGACCAGCGCCACUGGGUAUUUCCUGGCGGGAAAGAGCAUGACAUUUCUCCCGAUUGGAGCGUCCAUAUUUGCCAGCAAUAUCGGAGCACCUAUUUUCGUGGGUUUGUCUGGGACUGCAGCUGCUUCUGGAGUGGGCGGAAUGAUCUUUGAGUGGCAUGCUAUUCCCUUCAUCCUGAUGCUGUCGUGGGUGUUUGUGCCGGUGUUCACAUCCUCGGGGGUGUUUACUAUGCCCGAAUACCUGAAGAAGCGCUACGGCAGAACGAGACUCAGAGUGUACCUGUCUGUGCUGUCUGUGGUGCUGUACAUCAUCACCAAGAUAUCGGUAGAGAUGUAUGCUGGUGCAGUGUUUGUUCAGCUCCUACUAGGCUGGAGUAUGUACGCCUCCGGGGUUCUCCUAUUGGUCUUCUCAGCAGUUUUCACCAUGACAGGUGGACUGACAGCUGUGAUGUUCACGGACACGCUGCAGACCGUGGUGUUGACAGGAGGUGCCCUCGUCCUGUUGGUUAGAGGUAUCUCGGAGAUAGGAGGCUACGACAAACUGGAGACAAAGUUCAUGCAAGCACUCCCUAACACUACCAUCUAUGGCAACACAACCUGCGGCAUCCCCCGGGCCGACUCCUUCAGCCUGCUCCGGGAUCCUGACCCCCUCAAGUCCGACUACCCCUGGCCAGGAACCAUGAUCUUCAAUAUCCCCAGCGACAUCUGGUUCUGGUGCUCGGAUCAGAUCAUGGUACAACGAUCUCUUGCUGCUAAGAAUCUGUCCCAUGCUAAGGGCGGGUCUAUAUUGGCGGGGUACCUGAAGAUCCUCCCGUUCUGGUUAUUCAUGGUGCCAGGGAUGGUAGCCAGGAUUCUCUACCCAGAUGAAGUCGCAUGCGCAGAUCCGGAGGUAUGCAAGUGUGUCUGUGAAAAUCCAAGCGGAUGCUCAAACAUUGCCUACCCAUUACUCGUCCUCAGAAUCCUCGGCCCAGGCCUGAGAGGUCUGAUGCUGGCCGCCCUGUUUGCAGCAGUGAUGAGUACGCUGACAUCAGUCUUCAACUCCGCCAGCAGCAUCUUCACCAUGGAUCUGUGGAGGAGGUACAGGAAACACGCCAAGGACUUCGAGUUGCUCAUUGUUGGGAGGGUUUUGUUCUUGUGCUGGUGGGUCUGGCAGUCAUAUGGAUCCCCAUCAUGCAGGCGGCACAGGGGGACCAGCUGUGGCAGUACUGGCAGAUGCUGAUGUCGGCGGUGGGGCCUCCCUGGGCCAUGGUCUUCAUCAUGGGCUUCUUCUGGAAGAGAACAACAGAGCCUGCAGCUUUUUAUGGCAUGUUGGCUGGCCAAGCGGUCGGGUUUUCGCGUCUCAUCUUGGCGUUUGUCUACCCAGCGCCUCCUUGUGGCGAGGAAGACAACCGCAUCUACUUCCUGAAGAUCCACUUCCUGUACGUGU